UGUCAUUCAGGUUCCAGUUUAGACAAAGCCUUACUGUAAAAUACACUGAAACAUUGAGCCAAUUGGUUGUAAUAUUUAGCCAACAGAAUGACUCCUCUUCCAGGGAGAAGAAAGAUUUCUUCUACAGAGUAGUGUCCAACGGAUGUUUCCAUAGUCACUCUCCAGAAUGGAGAAAUAUUGAGUCUUUUAUAUGUUUCGUAUUCUAAUGUUUACACCUCUUAAAACUGACUUUUUUUCAUAAUUGUUCCUAGUAGUGUCCUUUGUACUAUAGUGUCAGUUUGGACAAGACAAGACAAGCCAGUCUGCUUUAUCUCGUAGUGCUCAAAUAAUGUACUUGCAACAGUCGCAGCAUUAAGAUGUUUUAGAAGUCUUAAUUAAUCUAAUGUUCAGUAUUAGCCCGUAAUAGCUCUGGGCUGCUCCCUCCACACAGGAGACAUUGGGAGGAAACACUAAUCUAAUUCAGAUUUCCUUUCAGAUAGAAUUGUCUUUCUCCACGCAGAGGCUUUUCAAAGUCAGCUUGACUACAAAUGUCAAGGCAUUGAUAAAGAUUGGUGCUAAAAUUAGUUUAUUGUAUACUUUUCUCCCUAGAAUGGAUGGAAAGCCUGAACUAUGUCAGCUCAAUCUAUUUAGCUAGUUUUCCUAACUUCCAUUUUUCCUGAGACUAGUAGUCCUGCAGUGCAAUGUAUCAUAAAUUAGAAUUAUGCAUCCAUAAAACACAGGUACCUGCAUGGUAUAAGAACUAGUUCCUUAUAAAUAAAUGGGAAGUUCUGUGCUAGUAUAUAUAGCCAUGGUGAAUGCCUUAAUUGAUUGAUCAUGUGUGCCUUGGUCCAAGCAGCUGAGGAUUCUCUUUGCACACCAGGAACAAAAGUGAAUUCAGUCUGAACUUGAUUCCCUCUUUCAGCAGUUGGCAAUCAGUAGACUGUGCACAACGUCAAGAAGCAUCUAGCAGUGUUGAGAGAAGAUGGAAGCAAUGAAGGUGUGGCAUGAUAGUCUGAGGGUAACUGUGGUCAUGGGUGGAAAGGCCUGUCACUUCUGUGAUGAAUUUAAUCUAAUGUUGGCAUGUCAAAACACUGAAGUUUCUGAUGCUUUUUGAAAGCAAUUCACCUUCACCUUGCAACAAGAAUGAGGCCAGCUACUACAAAGAUGAAAAUGAACUAAAGACUGAGGACAUGAAGCUUCAGGCACAAGGAGAGCAACAAUAAGUAGUGGAUAAAUGUUGAUUAUCAAACAGAUGAUUGGAGAUGAGGAGCCUUCUUUGUAAGGUCUCUCCUGUAGGAAGCUGUGCUUAAACUGGUUUCUGUUGUAAGUUUACCAAAAGAUUAAGAAGAUGCCUCCAAGACCAUCAUCUGGUGAACUAUGGGGCAUCCAUUUGAUGCCACCAAGGAUCCUUGUAGAGUGUCUUCUACCUAAUGGAAUGAUAGUGACUCUAGAAUGCCUCCGUGAGGCCACACUACUGACUAUCAAGCAUGAACUCUUCAAAGAAGCAAGAAAAUACCCUCUUUAUCAGCUCCUUCAAGAUGAAUCUUCUUACAUUUUCGUAAGUGUUACACAAGAAGCUGAAAGAGAAGAAUUUUUUGAUGAAACACGGCGACUUUGCGACCUGCGGCUCUUUCAGCCUUUUUUAAAAGUCAUUGAACCAGUAGGCAACAGAGAAGAAAAGAUUCUUAAUCGGGAAAUUGGUUUUGCUAUUGGCAUGCCUGUCUGUGAAUUUGAUAUGGUUAAGGAUCCAGAAGUACAGGACUUCCGAAGAAAUAUUCUUAAUGUUUGUAAAGAAGCAGUGGAUCUUCGAGAUGUGAAUGCACCCCAUAGUAGAGCAUUAUAUGUCUGUCCGCCAAAUGUUGAAUCUUCACCGGAACUGCCCAAGCACAUAUACAGUAAACUAGAUAAAGGGCAAAUAAUAGUGGUGAUAUGGGUAAUAGUGUCCCCGAACAAUGACAAGCAGAAAUACACGUUAAAAAUCAACCAUGACUGUGUUCCUGAGCAAGUUAUUGCUGAAGCAAUCAGGAAAAAAACACGAAGUAUGUUGCUGUCAUCUGAACAACUAAAACUCUGCGUUUUAGAGUACCAGGGCAAGUAUAUUUUAAAAGUGUGCGGCUGUGAUGAAUACUUGCUAGAAAAAUAUCCUCUGAGCCAGUAUAAGUACAUAAGAAGUUGUAUAAUGCUUGGCCGAAUGCCCAACCUGAUGCUGAUGGCUAAGGAAAGCCUUUAUACCCAGCUGCCACUGGAUACCUUUACAAUGCCAUCUUAUUCCAGGCGGAUCUCUACAGCUACACCAUACAUGAAUGGCGAAGCUUCAGCCAAAUCUCUCUGGGUCAUAAACAGUGCUCUCAGGAUAAGAAUUCUCUGUGCCACCUAUGUAAAUGUAAACAUUCGAGACAUUGACAAGAUCUAUGUCCGAACUGGUAUCUACCAUGGAGGAGAACCAUUAUGUGACAAUGUGAAUACUCAAAGGGUACCUUGUUCCAAUCCCAGAUGGAAUGAAUGGCUGUCAUAUGACAUGUACAUUCCUGAUCUCCCACGUGCUGCUCGGCUUUGCCUUUCCAUCUGCUCUGUUAAGGGCAGAAAGGGUGCUAAGGAGGAACACUGCCCAUUGGCUUGGGGAAAUAUAAACAUGUUUGAUUAUACAGACACUCUUGUGUCUGGGAAAAUGGCUUUGAAUCUGUGGCCUGUGCCUCAUGGGCUGGAAGAUCUGCUAAAUCCUAUUGGCGUUACUGGGUCAAAUCCAAAUAAGGAAACUCCAUGUUUAGAGCUGGAAUUUGAUUGGUUUAGCAGCCCUGUAAAGUUUCCAGACAUGACAGUGAUUGAAGAACAUGCCAAUUGGACUAUAUCUCGAGAACUAGGGUUUAACUACAGCCAUGCGGGGCUGAGUAACAGGCUAGCUAGAGAUAAUGAAUUAAGAGAAAGUGACAAAGAGCAACUCCGUGCAAUUUGUACUCGAGACCCGCUGUCUGAAAUUACUGAGCAAGAGAAGGACUUCCUUUGGAGCCACAGACACUACUGUGUAAAUACCCCAGAAAUUCUACCAAAACUACUUUUGUCUGUUAAAUGGAACUCGAGAGAUGAAGUAGCCCAGAUGUACUGCUUGGUAAAAGACUGGCCUCCAAUCAAGCCAGAACAGGCAAUGGAGCUUUUGGACUGUAAUUACCCUGACCCAAUGGUGCGAGCAUUUGCAGUUCGGUGUCUGGAGAAGUAUUUGACAGAUGACAAACUGUCUCAGUACUUAAUCCAACUAGUACAGGUUCUGAAAUAUGAGCAAUAUUUGGAUAAUCUGCUGGUGAGAUUUUUACUCAAGAAGGCAUUGACCAAUCAAAGGAUAGGACACUUUUUCUUUUGGCACUUAAAGUCUGAAAUGCACAAUAAAAAUGUAAGCCAGAGAUUUGGUUUACUUUUGGAGUCCUACUGUCGAGCAUGUGGGAUGUACCUAAAACAUUUGAGCAGGCAGGUGGAGGCUAUGGAGAAACUGAUAAACCUCACAGAUAUUCUCAAGCAGGAGAAGAAGGAUGAGACACAAAAGGUACAGAUGAAGUUUCUUGUUGAACAAAUGAGGCGGCCAGAUUUCAUGGAUGCUUUACAAGGUUUUAUUUCUCCUCUUAACCCUGCUCAUCAGCUGGGAAAUCUCAGGCUCGAGGAGUGCAGGAUUAUGUCCUCUGCAAAAAGGCCACUGUGGUUGAACUGGGAAAACCCAGAUAUUAUGUCUGAACUGUUGUUUCAAAACAAUGAGAUCAUCUUUAAAAAUGGAGAUGAUUUACGCCAGGACAUGCUGACACUUCAGAUCAUUCGAAUUAUGGAAAACAUCUGGCAAAAUCAGGGUCUUGAUCUACGGAUGUUGCCUUAUGGCUGUUUGUCUAUUGGUGAUUGUGUGGGACUUAUUGAGGUGGUGAGAAGCUCUCACACAAUUAUGCAGAUUCAGUGUAAAGGUGGUCUAAAGGGCGCAUUGCAAUUCAACAGUCACACAUUACAUCAGUGGCUCAAGGACAAAAACAAAGGAGAAAUGUAUGAUGCAGCUAUUGAUCUGUUUACACGGUCUUGCGCUGGCUAUUGUGUUGCUACCUUCAUAUUGGGAAUUGGUGAUCGUCACAAUAGUAACAUCAUGGUGAAAGAUGACGGACAACUGUUUCACAUUGAUUUUGGACACUUCCUGGAUCACAAGAAGAAAAAAUUUGGUUACAAACGAGAGCGUGUGCCAUUUGUCUUAACACAAGAUUUCUUAAUAGUGAUUAGUAAAGGAGCCCAAGAAUGUACCAAAACAAGGGAAUUUGAAAGGUUUCAGGAGAUGUGUUAUAAGGCUUACUUAGCAAUUCGGCAGCAUGCCAAUCUCUUCAUAAAUCUCUUCUCCAUGAUGCUUGGCUCAGGAAUGCCAGAAUUACAGUCUUUUGAUGAUAUUGCGUACAUUCGAAAGACACUUGCACUGGACAAAAGUGAACAAGAAGCUUUAGAAUAUUUCAUGAAGCAGAUGAAUGAUGCUCAUCAUGGUGGCUGGACAACGAAAAUGGACUGGAUCUUCCACACAAUAAAGCAACAUGCCUUGAACUGAAAUGAAAGUGAAGAAUUUAAAAAACUGAUAGCCCACUUAUGGGUGCUACACUGCACUGUUAAAAUUUGUCAGCAGCAAAGACUGGUUGCAUUGGAAUUGCACAAACCACAGACGGCAUUAGAAUUUACAGCAAGAGCAGAGAUGAAAUAUCCAGACGUUCAAAAAAAAAAGGGGGGGGAGCGGUUCGGAUAGCACUAAAACUGUACACUUCAAAAUUAAGCUUUCGUGUGAUGUGCAAUUUCAUAUUAUGCCUUAAACCCAAAAAGGUAAACUUGGAAGAUUGGCAGGGUUUUUUUGUUUGCUUUUAAUUCAGAUAAUUUGGGAAAAGGAAAAUCAUGCUAUCAUCAAAAAUAGACCAUCACAUAUUACAGUAGGUCUAGUAUCACUUUAAAGAUUAUGUAGGGUUUCAAAGAGUUGAAAAGGAAGAAAA